AUGACAGCUGGAGAAACAGGAGAACCAAUCAGCUUUGAAGUUGGAGAGGAGGCCUGGCUAGACGCCAAAAACGUGAAGCUAAAGACCCUGAGUCCUAAGCUGACCAAACAACGCCUAGGCCCCUUCAAGAUAACCAAGAAAAUCUCCAACCGCGCUUAUUGCCUGAAACUCCCACCAUCUAUGAGAAUCCACAACGUCUUCUACGUUGGACUAUUGUCCAAAGUAAAAAGGGAUGACAAGCGCGCCUUUGAAAACCAGCCCCCACCAGUUACCAUAGAUGGGGAAGAGGAAUACAAGGUUGAAGGAAUCACGGACAUGGAAGAAAGGGACGGGAAAUGGUUCUUCAGAGUAAAAUGGAAGGGUUAUGGAUCAGAGGAGAAUACCUGGGAACCAAGGGAAAACCUCAAGAACGCCAAAAAAAUCCUAAAAAUUUUUGAAAAAGAAAUGAAGAAAAAGGCCCUUGGCGCUGCCAAGGCCCUUAAAGGGGGGGCAGUGUUGUAG